UAACAAUGUCGUGAGUGUGCGCAAGAGACGAUAUGUGUCGGUACGUGGCGGUGGCUCUCAUGCUGGUAAAUUACAUAGCCGGCGCUCCACCACCCCUUCGUUUGACGAUCGACUGCUCCGAUGAAAGGAUCCCCUAUAACUCGGCGUUCAGAUCGUCAGACUACAACAGGAACUCGGGAUUGGACGUGAACUCCUUCUGCAACCUCAUCCACAAUGCACUCCCCAGCUCGAUACAAGACGGCAAGUUCAUUCUCAUCGAACCCGAAGACCAGACUGGGUACAGUGACACACAGGUUCCCAUAGCCAUUGCACCACCGGCAGGGUUCAUACCAGGGUUAGGAAUCCCGAAGCUUAAGAUCCCUCAGUUGCGAUUACCUGCGUUGGAUAUUCCAAAGCUAAAAGAACAUUCUGGUAGUCGGUACAAGCCACCGAGAAUAGGAUCGCCAAUGAUCUCCACUUCGGUAAUGAGAGUGGCAGAAGAUUCCAGUGCAGAAAGGAUGGAGAAGUUCAAGAAAGGCGUGCAGAAGAUGCUCCGCGUUGUCAAAGUGUUGGGCCAGAUUGAUCAGUAUUUGUCGGAGAGAACACGGAUCAUAGUUGAUAAACUGACUAAGACUUUUGCUGAAUAAUAAA